ACAAAGGCCUAAACAGUAGUUCUGAGUUUCCUGGAACUUGGGCCCGCAGACCUCUAGCUGCUUUCCCCUUUGACGGCCAGCCAUCCCCAGGCUGUACAGGAAGAACUUGCAGCCUGCUUUGCAUUGUCUGUGCAAUAAAUAGACCUCAGCUUUGUGCAGAUUGAGCAGUAACAUUUUUCUGGAGCAGGACUCUCAUUUCUGACACUAAUGGCCUUAAACAAAACAAAGAAUGAUACAUUUGAUGGAACAGAGCGCAUAACUGUCGACUAUGUGAAGGGGAUUCUGCAACCCACACCUACCUGUGACUCAUGGGACCAGAUCUGGAACUUCCAAGCCAAGUCCAAUGAUCUUCUUAUUGCCACAUAUCCUAAAGCAGGAACAACAUGGACUCAGGAGAUAGUGGACUUAAUACAAAAUGAAGGCAAUAUUGAGAAAAGUCAACGAGCACCUACUCAUAUACGAAUUCCUUUCAUCGAAUGGAUACAUCCAUCCAUAGGAUCUGGUUUGAACCAAGCUAAUAAAAUGCCCUCACCACGGACCCUGAAAACACAUCUUCCCAUCCAGCUGCUGCCACCAUCCUUCAUAGAAAAAAACUGUAAGAUAAUCUAUGUAGCAAGAAAUCCAAAGGACAAUAUGGUAUCUUAUUACCAUUUCCAAAGAAUGAAUAAAGCCCUUCCUGCUCCAGGAACCUGGGAAGAGUAUUUUGAGAGUUUUCUGGCUGGGAAGGUGUGCUGGGGUUCUUGGCAUGACCAUGUGAAAGGAUGGUGGAAAGCCAAAGACCAACAUCGCAUUCUCUACCUCUUCUAUGAGGACCUGAAGAAGAAUCCAAAGCACGAAAUUCAGAAGUUGGCAGAAUUUAUUGGGAAAAACCUAGAUGAUGAAGUCCUAGAUAAAAUUGUCCUUCACACUUCAUUUGAUGUUAUGAAGCAGAAUCCAAUGGCAAACUAUUCAUCAAUUCCUACUACAAUCAUGAACCACUCUGUUUCUCCAUUCAUGAGAAAAGGGACAGUUGGAGACUGGAAGAAUCACUUUACUGUUGCUCAGAAUGAGAGAUUUAAUGAAGAUUACGAGAAGAAAAUGGCUGAUACCAAUAUAACUUUCCACUUCCAAUUCUCAUAAAAAAGAAAAGAACCAAAAUUUUUUUUUAGUCUAUUACCAACUUAUUGGUAAUAAUCAAUAAAACCUUAUUACCCAGACCACAUGAUACUGGAUUCAAGUUCUCAGACUAGUUGUUUAUUGUAUCUGCUUUUGUUCGCUCUAAAAAAAGAAAUAGGGAUAAAGCUAGCAGAGAUUGAAGACAAGGCGGAGAGUUGGAGUUACUAGUUACAAUCUGGAGUUACAAACUAGUAACUGGAGGUACUAGUUACAAUCAUGGUGUCAUUGUUGAUUAUCAUUAUAUUUGAGUUUCCUACAGAUCAUGUGUUUGUUGACAUAUUAAAAGUGCUUCAUUCCCUAU